AUGUUGCAGCGUCAACUGGACAAUUUUGAAGCAAUCCAGUCGCACCUUGAAGAACUCGAUGAAUCCGAGUUAGAAGGAAUGCAUCGUACCAAUUGUGAAACAGCGUAUUUCGUCGUAAAAUCCGCUAUCAUGGAGCGGCUCGCUCAGCUUCGUGCUGCUGAACCCGAAACCUUGAGUAGCACCCGCAUUCUAUCGUCGACGUCGCAGUCAAGGUUCCACUUACCAAAGCUGCAAUUACCAAAAUUUUCUGGCCACCAUGCAGAUUGGCUAGAUUUCUUCGACAUGUUUUCCGUGCUCGUGCAUACCAACAACGAGCUAUCACAGAUCGAAAAAUUUCAGUAUCUUCGGUCAUGCUUAACCGACAAGGCAGCGCGCCUUGUGCAGGCACUAGAGGUCACAGCGAUAAAUUAUCGAAAGGCUAUCGAGCUACUCACAGCACGGUAUGACAACAAACGCUUAAUUUUCCAAUCACACUUAAAGAGGAUUUUCGAAAUUGAGCAUGUUGUGAAGCCAUCCGCAUCCACUUUACGAGAGUUUAUCGAUAUAGUCAACGGCAGUCUACGUGCCAUGGAGUCGUUGGCAUCAAAAUCGCAGAUAGCAGAUGGAAUAGUUCUACAUAUGCUUACCUCUAAGCUCGAUGAAGCCACUCAAACCAAGUGGGAGGACGAGGUUGCCACGAACUGGAGCAAUACUUCUUCGUCAUUGAGACUGCCUUCAUGGGAUGAUUUAGCUGGGUUUCUUGAGCGCCGCUGUCAGAGUUUUAAUAUCAUUGAGGCCAGCCGGAACCCCCCAUCACCUUACACAUCAGCAAAAAGGACACCAUUAUCGCCAUCAACACAUCAUCGUUCAUCGAAAUCGCACACCAGCUUAGUUUCAACCCAACCCAACAAGUGCCACUUGUGCGACGAGCAAGCGACUCACAACGCAUUCAGCUGCAGCAAAUUUAUGGCGUUAGACCCAAUGGAACGUUUCUUACUAGCCAAGCGAAAAUAUCUCUGUCUAAAUUGCUUAGGCAUGAACCAUUCUUCAAGCAACUGUCCAUCAUCCAGAAGAUGUCAACAUUGCAAGGUCAGCCAUCAUACGCUCUUACAUCGUAACACACUAGCGUCCCAACGUCAGGAAACAAAGGAGGCUGCAUCUCCAUCAUCAGCUUCGCUUCACAUUCACAAUUGCCAUAGUGACGUCAUUCUCGCAACAGCUUUAGUACAGCUGAGCAACAUGCACACUACUAAGAUAACGGCUCGGGCACUCCUUGACUCAGCCUCUCAGUUGAAUUUCAUAACUGAGCACAUGGCUCAGAUACUCAAGCUUCCUCGCACUAAGGCAAAUGUAGAAAUAUGCGGAAUUGGUGCUGUGACUACAAUGUCACAUCACAUUGUAACGAUUAAAUUCGAAUCAUUGCAAUCUGGUUUCUCUUCAGUACUAGAGGCUGUUGUAUUGCCAUCGAUUUCUUCAAACCAGCCGCAACAGAGCAGUAAUGUUAACGCUUGGGAUAUUCCCAACAACAUCAACCUUGCCGACAGUCGAUUUAAUCAUCCUGGACCCAUUGAUAUCCUCAUCGGAGCGAGUUUGUUUUUUGACAUACUAUCAGUGGGUCAAAUAAAACUAAGCAAACACUUGCCGACUCUCCAAAAAACACAACUGGGUUGGAUCGUCGCUGGAGCCAUAACAUCACACUCAUCGCCGUCUUCAUCUUCGCUGCUUUCAGUGUCGUCACUAAUCACAUCAUCAUCCUUGUCUUUGCCGCUAACAUCGUCAUCGCCAACAUCAUCGUCAUAA